GGGGGAGCGCCCCAAGGAGCCGGAGCGGCGGCGGCGGCGGCCGCCCUCGGCGCCCGGGACAAUGGUGCUGGACAAGGAGGACGAGACUUGUUCUCCUCUCCCCUGAGCGGAGGCUGCUGGAGAAGAAGCAUCUGUCCCCGGACUUUUCUUGACUGCGGAGAUGAUGGUGCUGGACAAGGAGGACGGUGUGCCGAUGUUAUCCGUACAACCCAAAGGGAAGCAGAAGGGCUGUGCUGGCUGCAACCGGAAGAUCAAGGACCGGUACCUGCUGAAGGCUCUGGAUAAGUAUUGGCAUGAGGACUGCCUAAAGUGUGCCUGCUGUGACUGUCGUCUCGGAGAGGUUGGAUCAACUCUUUACACAAAAGCAAAUCUCAUUCUUUGCCGCAGAGAUUACCUGAGGCUCUUUGGUACCACCGGGAAUUGUGCUGCCUGCAGUAAACUGAUCCCAGCCUUUGAGAUGGUGAUGAGGGCCAGAGAUAAUGUUUACCAUUUGGACUGCUUUGCCUGUCAGCUCUGCAACCAGCGAUUCUGUGUGGGAGACAAGUUUUUCCUGAAGAACAACAUGAUCUUGUGUCAGAUGGACUAUGAGGAAGGGCAGCUGAAUGGGAGCUUCGAGUCCCAGGUUCAAUAACAAACCCUGCUUCGCUGAAGCACUGUGGGAUGGGUGCUCGGCCGCACGAGCAGCGAGGGUGCCUGUCAGCUUGCCUGCAAUAUUUUUUUAACUCUUGGUCCAGAGAGGACUAUAUACAUUGUAGUACUUUCCCCCCGCCCCCAACACAAAGCAGUUACAAUUUUAGAUGUACAGUUGUGCCUGCUUAGCUGAGCACUGCAUUGCCUGUAUGUUUGUGAGUUUUUGGGGUCUGGGGGAGGGCUCUGUACAGUCUGUUUUCUGUAUAUAAACUGGAACAUUUAUUUUAUGACAAAUGUAAUGCAAUUUUAUUACUGGUGUGAAUUAAAAAUUAUGAAUG